ACUCAAAAUACACACGCGCGGCGGCAACAGUCGCUGCGCCUCGUUUUGGGUUUGAAAGGUGUGUCGUGAAACUAUAUGCAGCGUUCAAGGGCCAGUGUGGAUGUGAGGCUCAGCCGCGAGCACGGUUGGGUUGGGGUGAUACCGGAUUGUAUUCUUGUUGUAUGUAUGUGGGUGCGACGGUGGCGGCCGGGGGCUACGGGAAUGAGAGUGUCGCGCACGAUCGACGCACGCGCAGCGUCGAUCGCUGAGGGUGGGAGGAGGGAGGUCUCGGUGGCACAUCUGGCGGCCGGGCGGAGCACGGCGGUAAAGAGAGAGUCAGCAUUACGACUACUACAACAGCUAUUCAUCACUGCUACGUUUGACAGAGAUGCGUCCGCCUUUGCGCUGUGGCACCUGUACUCCAACAUCCUCGAGGUCCGGUCCGCGCCACUCCGCAACCCAGUUGGCUGGUCCCCCCGCAACCUGUCGGCCGACAGCUCUCGUACAACAUGA